AAUGUUGCGCGUGGCGACUCUUAUCCAAGCUCGCGGCGGACGUGCACCGUACGUGGGCCAGUUCCUUCGUUUCACCAAGUCGUCGUCUGUCCCUGGGUCCUUCCGCGCGUUUUCGCAGUCGCCUAUCCUCGGCUCGAACCACGAUUCGCACGCCACAGAUCUGUCGGCCGCCGAAAACUUGACUGCGAUUCAGCACAACGUGGACGCCGUUGCCGUGCACAACGCUGUGGAUGCCUUCCAGACUACCGUUGCCCCCGUCACUGCUGAAAUGGGCUAUUCCUUGGCGGAGAUUGCCAUCCGUACGUUGGACGUGGUGCAUGCCACGUCGGGCCUGCCUUGGUGGGCAACCAUCAUUGCCACGACCAUUGUCGUGCGCUCUGCGUUCUUUCCCAUCUCCAUCAUGUCGAUGCGCAAUUCCGCACGUAUGGGCAUAUUGCAACCCAAAUUGCAAAAAUUGCAAGAUGAAAUCAAAAGCUCCCCCGACGCCUACGACCCGGCGAAGAUGACCGAGUUUCGAGCGCGGGCGCAGGCGCUGUUCAAGGAGCACAAAGUCCGCCCAUUCAUGUCGUUUCUCAUGCCCAUCUCCCAGCUGCCGAUUUUUCUCGGAUUUUUCUGGGGCCUGCAAGAUAUCGCCAAGUAUAUUCCUGGCUACGCUGCCGAUGGAGCGUUCUGGUUUGAAAACUUGGCAGCACCUGAUCCGACAUACGCCUUACCCGUGUUGUCGUCCGCGCUCAUGGUGGCGUCCCUCGAGGCGGGUGGAGAAGGCAUGCCGGCCGAGUACAUUGACAAGGCCAAGAUGGGCAUGCGUAUCGUAGCCUUGAUUAUGAUUCCAGUCGCGGUAAACUUUGAAUCGGGCAUCUUGCUGUAUUGGGUGUCGUCCAACAUUUUCACGCUGACCCAGACGUUGGUGCUCAAAAUCCCUGGGGUUAAGAAAUUGCUGGACAUUCCCACGCCGGUAACACCGCCGCCGCUGGCCACGACCAAUCUGUCGUCGUUCCCGUCGCCUUUCCAAGCCGCGGUUGCCCAAGCCCAGAAGAACCAGCCGUUUGUCAAGUCGUAUGCCAACAAACCCAAGUCGUCGAAAAAACAAGUCCCCCCUUAGAGCUCCCGAGUCAUACUAGUCGUAGUAGUAGUGGUACUAGUAGUACAAAUACCGCGUUCAUGGUGGCCAUAUACUAGAACACACCCAACCACACUGGCACAUUUUGUUGUUUGGUGGGACCGUUUCGUAUGUAACUGUCCGUGGUUGC